AUCGAGGGUUGCUUGCCUGUUAUGCUCGAGGUCUAGCCACAGGGGCAGUCGCGUCCGUUUCCUUUCCGCCGGAUUUCCCCUCACAAUGCGCCAACAAGCUGCCGGCCAGCGAAGUCGACGCCAGACUGCUCCGUCGGGUCCGGCCCUGGAGCUGCAGAUCAAGCAGAUCAAUGAACUCGAGGCCAUCCCAGAUAGCUUGGAAUCGAUUACCGACAUUCACAAUGAACUGGACUUUGCGCAAUGGUAUGGCGAAGUGGAGGAGAGCCUGCUGGAAGCCAGCUACGAUGAGUACCAAGCCUGUCUCCAGGAGCUUCAAAUGUCUAAAUCCCAUCUCGACUCGCUCCUCGCCGAUACCUCGUCCACCCUCAACCUGUUGACUAGCCUGUCGAACGACUUCGGAGCGGUGGAAUCGCAGACGUCCAACUUCCAGAAGCAAUGCGAAGGGCUGCUCUCGGCACAGAAGCAUGACUCGGAUCUUGCGGCGGAUAUCCAGGAAAACCUCCAGAACUACGACUUCCUCGACCCGGCUUCGCGGAGACUGAAUGCCCCGGGGGCUGGGAACACCGUGCGAGGGAAGGACUUCUCGGAUAUGCUCAGACGGCUCGAUGAAUGUUUGGACUAUAUGGAGGUUCAUCCCGACCAGAAAGAGGCCGGUGUAUACCGCUCCAGAUACCGAUUGCUCAUGACCCGCGCCCUCACUCUUAUCCGGACGCACUUCGUUUCCUCCCUCCGAGACGUCUACGCCGAUGCGUCGAAGAAAAUCGCCGACAAGCAACUGAACGAUACCACCAUGUCUACCUUGCUCUACGCGAAGUUCCGAGUCGGCGCACCAGAACUGAAACAGAUCGGGCUCGAGAUCCAGAAGCGAGCUGUCCCUCCGUUGGAUCCGGACCAAGGCACAGAAGCCGAAUACCAAAGCUUACUCAACGAGCUGCACGCGAACUACGCAGCCACGCGCGGCAAACUCAUCAUCCCGCUGGUCCAGAAGAAUCUCAGCGACAUCGCUCUGUCGCCAACGUCAUCACAAGAUCUCGUUUCGUUUGCCCGUGCGAGUAUCAGCUACAUCCGUGGCGUGUGCUUGGACGAGUUCGAGCUCUGGGGCGAGUGGUUCCACGGCCACGGGGGGCUGUAUGACUUCCUAGAGACGAUCUGCGAGCCCCUCUACGACCACCUCCGGCCACGAAUCAUCCACGAGGACAAGAUCAUCAAACUGUGCCAACUCUGCACUCUUCUCCAAACCCGCUACCUGCUCGACCAAGACGAGGAGAUCGAGCAAGUCGACGCCAACCAACUCGACUUCCCCACUUUGAUCCAACCCGCCCUCGAAGAUGUGCAAACCCGUCUGGUUUUCCGCGCGCAGGCUUUCCUCCGCGACGAAAUCGAGCGCUACAAGCCCCGUCCCGAAGACCUGGACUACCCGGCACGCAACAACCAGGUCUCGAUAUCCGUGACCGAGGGCCAGAUCACCGGCCGUAAGAUCGCCGCCACAGACGCACUGGCGAAUCUCCCCAAGCCCACAAAAUCAAACGAAGAUGGCGGCAACGGCAACGGCAACGGCGACUCAUCCGUCGACCAAGACUCCAAAUGGGAUCUCGAUUCCCAAAGCGCACUCAGCGGAUGGUAUCCCACCCUCCGCAAAGCUAUCUGGCUCCUCAGUCGAAUCUACCGUCUCGUAAACUCCACCGUCUUCGACGACCUCGCCCACCAAAUCGUCCACCAAACCACGACCUCCCUGCACCACGCCAGCACCCUCCUAGCACCGAAAUCCACCACCGACGCCCAACUCUUCCUAAUGAGCCACCUCCUCAUCCUCAAACAACAAAUCGUCGCCUUCGACAUCGAAUACGUCGCCCCAGAAGUCUCCUUCGACUUCUCCAGCCUAACCAACACCUUCUGGGAACUGCGCGAACGCGGCGGCCUCUUCAACCCCCGCAACCUGAUGCUGCUGGUCGGCCACGGCCUCCUCCCGCGGGUCGUGGAGAACAUGCUCGACGCGAAAGUGGAGCUCGACGGGCGUCUCCGCACCGUCAUCAACGACUUCAUCAAUGGUUUCGCGACGCGGAUGACCGCCUCCUUACCCGCUAAAUUCGUCGAUGUGCGGACGCUGGGCAAUCAGCACCAGCACCAGCGAGAGGGGGCGGUUGUGUUUCCGAUGUGCGCGAAUAUCGAGAAGGAGGUCCCCGAGUUGAGGAGGGUGUUGGGACUGUAUCUGGAUGAUGGACGGAUGAGGGAGACGCUGGUGGGCGCGGUGCAGGAUCGCGUCAUUCAGGUUUAUGAGGAUUUCUUUGAUAUGUAUACUUCUGUUGAGAGAAGUAAGGGGAAUCCGGUUAGUGUUAGUAGGAAGGGCAAGGGGAGGGAGGAUACCGUGUGGGAUGUGGAUACGUUCGCAGAGUGGUGUGAGGGCAUUUUUCGCGUGGGGUUCGUUAGGUCUAGUUCUGGUCAGGGGGGUGGUGGUGGUGGUGAUGGUGAUGAUGAUGCUAUGAGUCGGGGUGCGAGUCCGGAGUCUUAGAUCGGGGGAUUUUUUUUCGUUACGUUUUUUUCUGUUUUUACUCCUGUGAAGGGAGGGAUGGAAGGUCUGGUGAUGAUCAUGAUGAUGAAGAGCGGUAGAUAUAUUUUAUUCUUCUUCCAAUGUAUAUACAAAGUAGCGAAUCUUCAUAGCAGUAGCAAG